AGAAGUGGGCGGUCCCGUGACUUUUUAAGGAAAAGCCGCUGAGCAUCUCGGAGUCGGCUGUCCGAACCUAGGUUUUUCGGUCCGGGACGGAGAGGCGGCAGAGAGCCGUAACCGUUCGAACUUACUUCAGCUGACGCGAUUCUGUUUGUGUUGACAGAGAAGAACCGGCUUGGUUGGUUCCGUCCUCCAGGCAACACGAGAAGAGAAAGGAAGGUAAACAAAGCGUUUGUUUUUUCCGGAGCGAACCUGAACUACUCUCUUCGUUUGCAGUUGUCCUCUCCAGGGAUGGGGAGGCUGGGGUCUGCUGGUCUUCCUGCACAGCUGCUGCUCCUGGUGCUGCUGACGAAUGCAUCAGAUUCCAGCGUGUGUCUGUCGGCUCCAGAGUCAGUCACCCUGCAGGAAAACUCAGCCGGCUCCGUCACCCUUGCCUCCAGUUCAGCUCUGAACCGCUCGGCUGUCAUUCACCUGAACGUGACCUACAGCUCCAAACUGAACUUCUCCUCCAUCAUCAGUCUUCCUGAUCAGUUGCUGCUGCCUGCUGGAUCCACAUCACUCACCUUCAAUGUGAUGGCACAUGAAGUUGGUCAAGUGACCUCUUACCUACUCAGCAAUGGCACAAACCUCCCCAGCUGGUCGGUGCGGAUCCGCUUCAUGGUGAUCCACAGCAGUGUUCUGUCUGUGCUCAGUCAAGUGAUCGGCUGGAUCUACUUUGUGGCCUGGUCUGUGUCCUUCUACCCACAGGCUUGGGAGAACUGGAGGAGGAAGAGUGUCGUAGGUCUCAACUUUGACUUUCUGGCUCUGAACCUGACCGGCUUCAUCGCCUACAGCGUCUUCAACAUCGGCCUGUUCUGGGUCCCGUACGUUCAGGAGGAGUUUCUAAAGACCAACCCCAAUGGUAUCAACCCUGUCAACUCCAACGAUGUCUUCUUCAGCAUCCACGCUCUUCUGCUCUGUGCAGUCUAUGUCUGCCAGGCUGUCGUCUACGAGAGGGGGGACCAAAAGGUCUCCUGGAUGGCAAAGCUCCUGUUGCUGAUUGGCUGGACCUUCGCUUUUAUCAGCCUCUUUCUGGCUGUAGCCAAACAGAUCACCUGGCUCGACUACCUUUACUAUUUCUCCUACAUUAAGCUGGCAGUGACUCUGGUCAAGUAUGUCCCACAGGCGUACAUGAACUACAGGAGGAAGAGCACAGAGGGCUGGAGCAUCGGCAAUGUCCUUCUGGACUUCACAGGAGGAGUCCUGAGCAUCCUGCAGAUGAUUGUGCAGUCCUACAACAAUGAUGAGUGGCGGCUCAUAUUCGGGGACCCAACAAAGUUCGGCCUGGGCCUGUUUUCUGUGCUGUUUGACAUCAUCUUCAUCACGCAGCAUUACUGCCUCUACAGGACGCAGCAUGAUUAUGUAGCCGUCCCAGAUCAAUAGGACCACUGAACUCCUGAGUUCUGGAUCCAGAUUAGACCAGAUGGAAUAUCGCCUGUUCUAGGGUUCAUGGACUUCAGAUUUCUAAACUCAGAUUCUGAGGAUUUUUGAUAAUGCAUCAGAUUUUCUGACCAGUGUCUUCACUGAACUGGACUCAGUUCAUAUGCACUUUAAUAAAAAAGGGAGAAGCUUUAA